AUGAAGAUGCAGCAACAAGAACUAGAACAAAAGCUUAAGGAAUUGGAGAAUUUCCGCUCAAGCUUCCAGGAGGAGCAUGAAAAGCGCAUGCAGGCUGAAAGUGCUCUACUUUCCCAGGGGAAGGAACUUGCUCAAUCUCAUGAAGAAGUACAGAGGAUGGCUAUAGAAAUAAAGGCAGCGAAUGAAAAGUUGAAUGAGCUCAAGCAGACCAAGGAGGUCCUUGAGCUGUCAAAGCUGCAGUCAGAGCUAGAUGAGACUAAUCAGAAAGUACAGUUGCUGACACAAGAUCUUGAAAAGAAGAAAGAAGAAGCGGACAGUGUCCAUUUCAAGCUGCAAGAUGAAUGCCAUAGGCGUAUGCAAAUUGAAGCAACUCUUCUAAUGACAGAGGGUCUGCAUUCCCGGUUGCAAGAAGAAAUGAGAACGCUGACACAAGAUCUUGAUGGAUCAAAAAAGAAGCUUAGUGAGCUGGAAAAUAAUAAGUUAGACCUGGAGAGCACACUGAAAGAACUGAAGAACACCAUUUUAGGUUUGAACUCGGAGAAGGAUGCAACACUCCUUCAGCAAUAG